AUGACAUCGGCUCAAAUUAGUUUUGUGAGACACAAUCAUCACCGCCCUGUUCGUUGUCUUCUCUUACCAUUAGUCACCAGCCCGUGGCCAAUAGUCCCUCUUCUUAGUCUGAAACUGCUACAAGUUUCCCGCCUUUUGCAAGCAUCGGUGAAUAGUAUUUUCUUUCUUUCUGCUUAUAUCUAUCUAUCUAUCUAUCUAUCUAUUCUUAUUGUUAUUUUUCGUUUUUCUUUUUACUUCGCCUCCCCUUUUCAAUUUUUGUCUUUCUUUUCCCUUACACCUUCAUCCUUAUCAUCUUCUUUCUCAUCUUUUUUCUUCAUCUCGGUCGCCCUAUUCACGUCUUCAUUGUUUCUUUUUCUUCUUCGCGUUUUUUCUUCGCGUUCUCUCCUUCCCCUCCCAUUCUGUUUUUCUUCUUUUUCUCUUUCUAUUCCUUCUUUUAUUUUACAUCCGCCUUCUUCUUCUUCUUCUUGUUUUUUUGUUGUUGUUAUUCUUGUUUACAUUUGGCCUUUCUUUAAUUUUCCCAUAUCUUUUAAAAGUGAUGAAGGAGGAGAUGGAGGAGGAGAAUGUGAUGUAUCAGCUCGAGAAGAGGUCCACCCUAUCCCCCUCCGCCGCGACCGAAACCACCUCUCCAACCACCCCCGUACCGAAGCUGUAUACCGUCUCACCCCAUUGCCAAACUCCUGUUUGCUAAAGCCCAUACACAACGCACGCAAGAACCUGCCCCCGCUUCCCACCCUGCAAAUCUAA